AUGGUUGCAAGUGAAAAAACAAUUUAUAUUAGUUCAGAUAGUAUAUGUGAAUCUGAACAACCUACCGAGUUUGAUAGUGCAUUAUUUUCUACUGAGAUUUUAAAUAGUUUGCAACUAUCGGGAUUACCUAACCAUAGAUCAAUGUUGAAAGUUGGCACUCCAGUGAUGUUACUUAGGAACAUUAACCAAUCAAAUGGUUUAUGCAAUGGAACACGCCUGCAAGUCAUGAAACUUGGGAAACAUGUGAUUGAAGCAAAAGUCAUCACCGGGACGAACAUUGGUCAAUGUACUUUAAUUUCAAGAUUGAAGAUGACACCAUCAGACAAAAGAAUUCCCGUUAGAAUAUGUCUAAGGCAGUUUCCUAUUGAUGUGUGCUUUGCAAUGACGAUAAACAAAAGCCAGGGCCAAUCUCUUGAUCGUGUGGGUUUGUAUCUCCCUCGGCCGGUUUUCAGCCACGGUCAGUUGUAUGUUGCCGUAUCCCGAGUCAAAAGUAAGAAGGGACUGAAGAUCUUGAUUACUGAUAAAGAUGGCAACCUUGCGGGCACUACAACUAAUGUUGUUUUUAAAGAAGUUUUGCAAUAUUUAUGA